AUGUGAUUUGGAAGGAUUUCAAAGCAGAAACCACACUGCGGUUUUGUUCAGUGUCGUGGAGCAGGUGGACCGUAUCCUCAAAUUGAUAGAGACAAGGAGAGUAAAAUGUUUUCUUUAGGCAGAAGUCUCCUGUUUUGUCUACUCCUAGGUUGUGUAUCUGCAGAGAGCAUCAUAGUCACAGUGGGGGAAGAUGUAACUUUGAUAUGCAACUAUGAUGCCAAGUACUACGGCAAGCUUCCUGCAUGCUGGGGUCGAGGAUCCAUCCCUAACCGUGGCUGUGACAAUGAGGUGAUCAAGGCAGACGGGACCACGGUGACCAGCAGACUGUCGGAGCGGUACCUGCUCAAGGGUGAUAUUGGUGAGGGCGAUGUGUCGCUCACCAUCAGGAAGGUGGAGGAGGGCGACUCCGGGAUGUAUGGAUGCCGUGUGCAAAUACCUGGCUGGUUCAAUGAUCACAAACACCAGCUGACUCUGACUGUGGUGGCAGUACGCCCUAAUGCCCCGGAGAUAGAGAUAAGAGAGUUGAAGCCGAGAACUGUCACUGUCCGCUGGAGCCUUGUGUUUGAUGGCGGCAAACCUAUUGAAUACUACUUGAUUGAUCUAUACAUCAUAGAGUUAUCCUCUAGACAGACAUCUAAAGUCUAUAAUCCUCAACUGACUCAGCUGACUUUGGAAUUGCGACCGGCCAAGGCCUACGACCUCCGCAUGUUUGCUAUCAACAGUGUGGGCAGGAGCGACACAAGCAAUGUUCUGACAUUCACAACGAAAGAAGCAGCACCAGAGGGUCCUCCCCUGGAUAUGCAGCUGGAGCCCCUCUCUUCCCACACCAUCAAAGUCACGUGGAAGCCUCCGAGGACCGAGCUAAGAAACGGGGUUCUUCGGAGUUACAGCAUCAGCUACAGAGAGUACGACCCUGCAGGCCGGCAGUUUAAAAAGUGGCAGCACUUGAGUGUGCCGGCCACACGGGAUCUAGAGAGCAUCGUCCUCAGCAACCUGAAGCCUUCUGCCAGAUAUGGCGUGAUUAUACAGGCCAAAACCGACGCAGGAAUAGGACCUGCUUCAAAUGCCCCUCUCUGCUCCACUCUGGAUGAGGUUCACAAAUCUUCUACAGUGUCAAAUAUCAAGUCUUCUUCCACUGCUGCCACAUGGAUAACAGUUCAGAGUGUUCCUGCUGCCACUGUUUGGGGAGGAAGCACCCCAGGCAUCACAUCAGUGCCCCCGGACCCCCCGGUGCUUGAGUUAAAGGAGGUCAGAGACAAUACAUUUUCCAUUUUAUGGACCCCCGGGUUUGAAGGAGACACUCCCAUCACUGGCUAUUACCUGGAGUCCAAAUCAGCUAACGCCUCCUGGGAUUACAUAAAGACAGUUAUUGACUUCAGCCCUAACCAGACAGACGCCACAAUAAUAGAGAUGAAUCCCUCCACAUUCAACAUCCGCAUGUUUGCCAAGAACAGUUUGGCCACCAGUGGAGCCAGCAACGUCCUCACCAUCACCACUGGAGAAGGAGGUCAUCAGAGGGGUGAUGUCCUUACCACCAUUUCUACUGACACUCAUGCUGCUGCGAGCGUUGACAAGAGUCAAAGUGGUCACCUAGCAGCCAUCGCAGUGCCAGUGGUGCUGGUGCUGUUGGUUGUUGGCAUGGUAACAACAUGGAAGCUUCUCCGUGAGUAUUCCGAACAGUGUAAACUAAACCCAUCUGAAAGGUUUUCCUUCUUUAUUCUGAAUCUUAUAUUUUCUAUUCAUAAAGGAAUAAAACUGAAAAAAGGCAACCUGAACAUGUGGCUGACCAAUGGAGCGCUUCGUUACAGAGGCGCGGAGCCACUUCAAGAGCUGUGAAUCUCUAAACAUCCUCCAAAAUGAGGCUUUAUCAUACAAAUAAACAGGACAUUUUAAUACAUUUGCUAAAUAGAAUUUUUUAUAUAUAUGUGUAUUUGUUAUGGUAUUGAGGAAAGAAAUUAUAUCUACUGCAAAUGUAUAUGUGUGCUAAGUUGAUUCAUAUUAACCAAAAGAAAAAAAUAAUCAAAUUUGUUAAUCAUUAAAUAAACUUUAAUCACAACAUUAA